GCUUAUUAAGAUUCAAGAUCCAGGGUUUAUAAAUUUUGCGGCGGCGUCUCCGUUAACACUUUCGAUUCCAUCUUUCCCGUCGGUCGGAGUUUUAUCGCAAUCUGAAUCCCAAAUGGCGUCGGAGAAGAAGCUAUCGAACCCAAUGAGGGACAUCAAAGUGCAGAAGCUAGUGCUCAACAUCUCCGUCGGUGAGAGUGGAGAUCGUCUCACCAGAGCCUCCAAGGUGUUGGAACAAUUGAGUGGUCAGACUCCUGUUUUCUCCAAGGACGUAACGAGAAGAUUGCUUGCUAUGUUACUGUCAGGGGAGAUAAGGCAAUGCAGCUCCUUGAGAGUGGACUCAAGGUUAAAGAGUAUGAGCUCUUGAGAAGGAACUUUAGCGACACUGGUUGCUUUGGUUUUGUUAUCCAGGAGCAUAUUGAUUUGGGUAUUAAGUAUGACCCGUCGACUGGGUAUGGACUAGAGAUGUCAAAUGGGCGGGCUAUAAAUGGGUGGCCCGUGUCCAAAUCGAUAUGGUCCAAAAUGGACAGACCCAGAUUAAACCAUAAUUAAAAUUUGUCCAGAUGGGUGAACCCAAUUAUAUUCAUGGACAAUAUUGGGCUUAACCACUUGGACAAUGGGCGGCCCAAUAAACUUAAAUGUCUAGGGUUUGAAAAAUUGGGAGAAAACACAAAUCACCUUUUUUUUUCUUCCCGUCUCACUCUUGUGUUUUUUCUUCGUGUUUGAUUCUUCCUCUUCGAAUCAUCGUCUUCGAUUUUUCCUCUUCGAGUCCUCGUCUUCGAUUCUUCCUCUUCGUGUUCGAUUCUUCUUCCUCGUCUUCGUUCUUCUUCAAUUUUUUUUCGAUUCUUCACCAACUUCUGAUUUCAUCAUCUCUUAAGAUUUGAUUUUUCGUGAUUUGUGUUAUGGGUUUUCACUAUUAGCUACUGAUUCGUAUCAUCUACUAAUAUUGUGUUAUGGUUUAUGUGUUAAAUAGAUCGGUGAUUUGUGUUCAUAACGAAGUUGGUGGCGAGUCUGGCGACUGUUUCUGUUUCCGCAAGUCAGACGAAAUUACGAAUUUUUUAAACUUAUCUUGAAUUUUUUAUAACUUUGAAACAU